GAUGUGGUGAUUUUGCAGCUCGGUGCUCUGUUUCUUUAAGAGCAGUCCAGAGCGUCGAUUUCCGACCACGAAUGGGAUGGAUUUCUGCUUCUGCACUACCUCAUCUGAUUGAGAGGAUUCCCUCUGAGGGAAAACGGAACCAAGUAGUGUCCUGUGUCAACUCAUGACAGUCCAUUACUAUGGAUUUUAACGUAAAAAAACUGGCUUCUGAUGCGGGGGUCUUCUUCACCAGAGCUGUGCAGUUCACAGAGGAGAAGUUGGGCCAGGCUGAGAAGACUGAGCUUGAUCCUCAUCUAGAGAACCUGAUCGCUCGGGCAGACUGCACCAAGAACUGGACUGAAAAGAUCUUGAGACAAACAGAGGUGCUCCUUCAGCCAAACCCAAGUGCUCGGAUCGAGGAGUUCAUCUAUGACAAACUGGAGAAAAAGCUUCCUUCCAGGACAACCAAUGCAGAAUUGCUUGGCCAAUACAUGCUGGAUGCUGCCAGUGAAUUUGGCCCUGAGACACCGUAUGGCAGUACCCUGAUUACAGUCGGAGAGUACCAGAAAAGACUGGGAACAGCUGAGCGGGAGUUCCUUCAAACCUCUGCCACUAUGUUCCUCACCCCCUUACGUAAUUUCCUGGAAGGAGACUGGAGGACUAUAUCAAAAGAAAGACGACUUCUCGAGAAUCGCCGGCUCGAUCUUGACAUCUGCAAAGCGCGCUUGAAAAAAGCUAAGCAGGCGGAGGCAAAAGCAGCAGCUGCACCUGAUUUUCAGGAGACAAGGCCUCGAAAUUAUGUUCUUUCUGCCAGUGCAUCAGCGCUCAUGAGUGAGGAAGUGGACAAAGCAGAGCAUGAGCUUCGUGUGGCCCAGACAGAGUUUGACCGACAAGCUGAGGUCACCAGGCUGCUGCUUGAGGGUAUCAGCAGCACGCACCUGAACCACCAGCGUUGCUUGCAGGAUUUUGCAGAAGCUCAGGCCACCUUCUAUGCUCAGUGUCAUCACUAUAUGCAUGAACUCCAGAGGCAACUCAACAGAUCUGCUAAUGCAGUAAGCGCCCACCAUCAGUCUGCUGUCUGUCCCGACCCUGUAUCUGCUACAUUUCCAUCUGGUCCAGAUGCACUUGGCACCAUAGUGCCCACCUCUUCGAGCAAUAAGCCCCAAACAUUGGCUAUGGAACAAACACAGCUCCCGAUUACAGGCACCAGAAAGGCCAAAGUCCUGUAUGACUAUGAUGCUCAUGAUUCAAGCGAGCUAUCCCUGUUGGCUGAUGAGAUUAUUACUGUCUACACCGUACCUGGCAUGGACCCUGAUUGGUUGGUUGGAGAACGAGGCAACGAAAAGGGAAAGGUCCCCGUUACCUACCUUGAACUACUGAGUUAAUGUACCCUAUAACAUUACAAACAUCAAAAAAUG